AUGAGUGUUUGGGAGAAAUUAGAAAACCAGACAAAUGAGCUUAUUGCGAAGUCUAACUUUAAACAAUGUUAUCAAGUUAUUGAUCAAUACAAGGCCAGAUAUCCAAAAUCUAUUUAUUUACAAAUUUUAGAAGCCUAUGUGAAAUACAAACAAUCUCCAAGUAAAUUCAAUUUCGAAGCAUCAUUACUUGCUGCAUAUGGACUAGAAGGACAAUCAUAUACCAUUGAUCAGGAUGCACUAGGUUUAUUGCAUAAAUUUUUCUUUGAAUUAGAAAAGUAUGAAGAUGCUUUACAUGUGUUUGAGAAAGCUAAUGCUAAACAACCAAGCUUUGAAAUCAGUUAUUUAUGGUUCGACCGUGCUUUACAGGAUUGUAACUUCAAACAGUUGGGGAAAGCAUCGUUACAAUUAUCUAAAUUUCCUAAGGAUAGUGUUCAACAACCUCGUGAAUACUACUUUUGGAAUGCUAUUGCUACUGUAGCAUUAUUUAAAUUCCAAAAGCAUAGAUUAUCAUCUCAGGAGGAGAAGAUUCUACCAUUAUUAACAUACAAGAACCUUUGUAACGCUAAACCAUUUAAGAAUAAUGAAGAAACAAUUGUUUUUUGUACAGCUUGUGAGAUAUUGUUUCCUAACGAUGCUGAAAAGUCUAAAGAAAUCUGUAAGGAAACAUUACCAUCCUUUGAUGAUUCUGUUGAUCUAUACCAAAAGAAUUUUUUCUUGAAACAUGUUGAAAGGGAUGACCAUCAGUUAAUUUUUGAUACUUGUACCAAGAUUUUAAAGAGUUUAGAUGAUUAUGAGUUGAUGAAACGAAUUGUGAUCUCUGGUAAAGCGCUUGGAAAAUCCCAACAAGAUUUAUAUGAAUUAAUCGAUGGAUUAGUUGGUACAAAAUCCAGAAAUGGAAGAUUAAUUAGAUUUGAAAUAGACUUAGUAUUUGACAAAACUAUCUGUGAAACAUCGUUGAAAUAUUAUUUGGAAAUAUUUCAUAAUAGACCAUGUUGUGUAGCUGAUAUUAAUCACUAUAGAGAGAACUUUGAUAAUCCUGAUCUAAUCUCGAAAAUGCUUGACUCCUUUGAAGACACAGCCGAUCCAAUCCAUGAUUCAAAUGCUGUGAAAUUGAGAUUAGAAACCAAUAAAAAUGUUCACUAUUACAAUAAGCAUAAAGCCAGUUUGAAAACUAAAUCAAAGACUGACUAUUCCCUAUGCUCAACAUUUAUUUUGGCUUUAAUUGAAAAACAUAUUAUUAAUGCAUCAAUGACUUUAGAGGAUUCUAUCUUUGUAUUAUCCUUGCUAGAAAACUACCAAAAAGAGGAUCCUAAUAACUAUGAUACUAAGGUAUGGUUAAUUGCACUGUAUAUGUAUUUAGGUUUAACACCAAUGGCAUAUUCAUAUUAUCAAGACUUAAGUGUUAAAAAUGUUCAAGUUGAUUCAAUGGAUUAUUUGAUUUAUUCACGUUUCAGUUCGCUAUUCCCACACAAACAACAUGAUUAUCUAAACAAAACUUUACACGAACAUGACGCAUUGUAUGAUAAUUCUUUGAACAGAAUAUCUCAAUUUAUUAGCAUCUCAUUUGAUAGAAAAUCAUACAGCAAAAUUCUGGGGAUGUUUGAAUUCCAGGAUCGUCUAUUGAAAUCUGUUGGAAGAUUUAGCAAAUUAUGUGAUUCUAUUAAUAUGACAUAUAUUUGUAAUGAUAAACGUACUGCAUUAAUUGAAUCCCUACGUGAAAAUUUAAGACAGAUUGAAUCAACUGGUGAUUUUCAAUUUAGUGAUAAUAGAGAUUGGUCAAUAUUUGGAUUUUCAGAACAACUUGAUAAGAAAAAUUUACCAGAAAGUUUAUCUUACUUAAAUAUUGAUCAAGAAUGGACCAUUUAUAACUUAGCAAAGAUAUUCAUGAUCGAUGCCAUCCCAACUGGGAAACAAUCAGACAUAGUGAAUAGUUUACUUAAUAAGUUAACAGAAGAUUCUUUACCUUCUCAACAUAUGACAUCUGCGGAGAAUAUAUCAUUUAUGAUUAUCAAUGAUAUAUAUUCUAAUGAUGCAUCCAAUCUCUCUAAUUUAUUGAAUGAUAUUUCCGUUGAAACACGCGAACCUACGACAUGGAGAGCCAUACAGACAUAUUUAACACACAUAUCCACUUUAAAGACCUUAGAUAACAUGAAAAGAAUUAAAGACAGAGAACAAAAACUACAAAUAAAACAGAAACUUACUGAAUUGAGAAAUCAAUGUGAUGAUUUAUUUACAAAAUACAAAGAACAAAUCAUCUCUGCAUGUAAUACUUUACAGACAGGUGAAAGACACGAUAUCCUUACAUCAUUGGGUUACGCUCCACUGGGUCCUGAAAAUUUAACUGCAAGUAUUGUUGAGGUUCAAAAAGCUGUCAGAAACCUAUAA